GGAUGCCCGCUGGACCUGUGGCUUUUGUUUAGUUUGAACUGGGAAAAGUGACUGGACACAGAUGAAGAAUAAGGCAGCCAAACAGAAAUCAAAGAGGAAAGCGAUUGAAAAUGCCUUUGGAUGUGACUUGACAGAACACUUACAGAAUUCUGGACAAGACGUUCCUCAGGUUCUGAAGACGUGUGCUGAGUUUAUAGAGGAACAUGGAAUUGUGGACGGAAUCUACAGACUCUCAGGGAUCACCUCAAACAUCCAGAAACUACGGCAGGAGUUUGGCUCUGACUCAUGCCCUGACCUUACUAAGGAGGUUUAUCUUCAGGACAUCCACUGUGUGGGCUCUUUAUGCAAACUCUACUUCAGAGAACUCCCCAACCCCCUGCUCACCUAUGAACUCUACAAAAAAUUCACCGACGCCGUUUCAGUGAAAGACCAACAUGAGCAACUUCACAACAUUCAGAGCGUCAUCAAAGAGCUGCCAAUCUGUCACCGCAGGACUCUGGAGUACCUCAGCAAACAUCUGUCUCGAUUGGCUACAUUCAGUCACCAGACUAACAUGCAUGCCAGGAACCUGGCACUGGUGUGGGCACCGAAUCUAUUACGGUCAAAGGAGAUCGAGGUGUCUUCGUGUAACGGAGAUUCUGCGUUUCAGGAGGUGCGGGUGCAGCAGACUGUUGUGGAGUUUAUCCUCAGUCACACCGAGCAGCUUUUUGACCACGGAACCGACCCCCCCAGGCCUCGGGAAGGCACUGGUUUAGUGUGUGGGGAGAAGUAUGCCACUCUGCCAGCCACAGCCCAGUGUGGACCAAUGAAACUGAUGAGUUUAGAGGAGGCCCAGGCCCGCUCCUUAAGUCCCAACCACCCUGCACGCAAGGAGCGCCAACGAGAGAACAGCCUCCCAGACACCAACACUGCCACCCUCUACCACACCGUCAUAGACCUUCACGACAGCAAAAGGAAAAUCCCUGGAAAGUCCAAAUGGAAGGCCAUCUUUAGUCUGGGCCGAUCAGUCACUGACUCCAAAGGAAAACUGAGCCGUAACGGGAGUGUGUUCAUGAGAGCACAGAAUAUCUCAGACAAACCUGUAAUUAGACCAUCCAAAAGUAUGGAUUCUCUCUGCUCUCUGCCAACAGAUGAGGACAAAGCAGAUAAGUUUGCCCCAGCAGGCGGGGCGAAUGGAUUCUUUGUGCCAACUGUGAAAUCUCGAACUCUGGGCUCAGACAUCAACUAUGACUUGAGUGACCUGGAUCCAAACUGGGAGGCGGACCUGAGGAAAGUCAGCGGAGCUUCGGGGGGCGGUCCGAGCGUCAAGAAAAGCAGCGCUCCGAAUGCCUCACCUUCGUCCUCCUCACCCUCCUCACCUCUCCAGAAAUCCCUCCCGGAGCAGCUAAAAGUUUUCAAAGGAGACGACCUGAGCAGCUGCCAGCCCACCUCUCCGAAAAAUCGCAGGAUGUUGUAUUCCGGUUCCGCGCACAACGGUUCCUCCAGGCCAUCUUUCCCCGGAAGCCUUUUCCCACUUGAGUCGUCGCCUCGACACCAGCGCAAGGCCCUCAACAUCUCCGAACCCUUCGCCGUCUCUGUGCCUCUCCGGGUGUCUGCCGUCAUCAGCUCGAACAGCACCCCCUGUCGGGCUCCAGUGAAGGACCGGCCCACUGGGGCGCUCCCGAAGUCCGGCAGAGAGGCUGGGUCUCCAGAGUUACAGCUGAGCGUUAGUGUUGGAAGCGCUGGUGUUAGGGAGUUUGUUCCCAGUACCACCAGUAGCAGCGGGAGCACAGGCAGUGCUGGAUUUAGAGACAGAGCACAUGGACUGCACGGAAGCAAUAGCAGUCUUGGGUACAGGGAGUUCCCUCUUGGCAACAGCAGCGGAGGCAGUGGAAACAGUAUCUAUAGCAACAGCAGCUCCACCCCAUCAGAGAAGGAGGAGAGCCAAAAUGUGGAGAGAAGCACUGGGGAGAUGGCAUCUAACAGGACGCCAACGAGUAAGAGGAGUGCAGUGGACACUGACCAGGAAAAGACAAACAUGAGUCCAAGAAUGAAUGUUUCACACCCUCAGCAACCAACUUAUGCUAAAACAACAGGGAACAACAAAGAGACGCCACAGUCUCCUGGGAAAAAACUGGACUCUGAGCUACUACAACACCAGGAGCCUGCAACUCUGAAUGAACUGGACACAGUUGUUGAACUGAUCAACAACGAGCUGUGGUCUGACGUACAUCAGGAGCUUCAUAUUACAGAGUCUGACGCCAAUGCACCAGAGGAUUCACUGAGAAUCAGUGGCUCUUUGACCAAGGCUGCUGGAAAUGACUGGGAAGUGAAGUCUGGUGCCCACGCUAAACGACGGAGCAGUCUGCCUGCUCAUCCCUUGUCCUCUACCGCGCACCUCAGAGCCCUCACCAAGUACCACAUGACUGAUCAUUCUGACGCAUCUGUCUAUACCCCAGUACUGAAGCCCUCUCCGGAAAGACUGCUCUCAUGUGACGCGCCCUGCGAUUUCAGCAGCGUCAGAAAAGAUCAUCCGACCCAGGUUUCUGCGUCGCUGGAGUCGCUGGACGUGAUGGCAAACAGGCUACAGCUGCCGCUGCUGUUCAAUCUGAGAGAAACGGACAUACUCCACGAUGCUGAGCCGUGGCCCAUACGCAGCACUGAACCAUGCACCGGUUCGGCCCAGAACGAUCAAGUCGCACAGACGGACCAUUCAGAAUACCCGAGUGGUGAUGUCAGAGGAAGGAUUAGCAGUCCUGCUCCAGAUAGAGAUGAAAAGGAACCCUUUGCCUUGCAGGACAGCCCACAAAAAGAGGGAAAAGUUGCCCAUGAUGGCACUAAAGGGGACAUGACACUCCAAAUGCAAGGGAGCAUUGAGGACCUAUCGAAGUGCUUGGACAAGAAACAACUCACCUUGGACCUUCCACAGCAGGAUGACGAGGAUUGCUGGGUUGGGACUUCAGGGGGGCUGGACCAAGUGGAACCUUGGGAGGACUUCAGCACUACUAAACAGUGGGUGACAAGCCCCCUUCACUCACCAAAACUGGAAGAUCUCUUCCCCCUUGUGCGAGAGACAUCGUCAUGUCUGGAUGGGGCAAAGGUCAAGCAGCCCUCCAAAGAUGAUAAGGCUGUAACUCGAGAAAAAGGACUUACUUUCGUUUCUCAAUCAUCUCAAGGCAAAAAAGUGGCAACCAUUGAAUCUGGCCUUGCAAGCACUAUUUCUUCAUCUCAGAACAAAAAGAUGGCAACUUGUGAACCUGCUCUUGCAACUACCUCUCCUCCAUCUCAUGGCGGCAAGGUUGAGACUGGUGAUCCAGGACUUGCGAACAUCAACUUUUCAUCCAGCGGCAAAAAGUCAAAAGCUGAAGAAUCCAGUGUCGUAAAGAUUUCAGAGCUGUAUCUCAGUGCUAAUGUACAAGGGAAUAACAGAAAAACAGAGACCAAAUGUGAAAAUCUAGAGUUUGAAUCUUUUAAUAAUUCUAAUAUCCAAGAUGAGGCUACAAGAUUCCCAAAGAGGAACACAGGUACUCCAAAACAGAGGAAUACCUCUUGUUCCCAAAGAUUUCAUAGACAAGUAUCUCAUGAUUCAUGCCUGGAAGAAAGAAAUGAGGAAAAUAUCGUUCCCAAACACAGACCUUAUUCCCUUAACCUGGACCUAGGACCCAGAUGCAUUCGGGAUAUCUCAAAUCAACAGAACAUGGAAUCUGCAGAAUCGCCCUCCAAUCAGCGAGGAGCAGCAACACCCUCUGUAAGUAAACAUGGCGGAAUGUCCUUGGAACUGGAGAUGUUCCUGAAUGAUCGUCAGGCACCAAUGAGGCGUAAUUCCGCACCAGUCAGUGUGUCCUCCAUUCGGACGCCAUUUAUGAUCAAAACAUGCCAGGCCAAAGCCGUGCCUGUUAUUCCUCCAAAAAUUCAGUAUAGCCACAUACCUCAUCCACUGUUUGAAAAAGGCUCUGAUCUGGGAAACAAGACUGAACCAGAGAAGGAAUCAGCAAAGAUCAAGGCAGAGAAAACAGAGAUGGUCGCUCCUCUUCAGCUGGUCAAAGAUCCUAGGGAAGAGCGUGAAAACCGUGAGCCAGCUCCAAGACACCUAAGACAUGCACCAACCGACAAAGCGGCAGACCCCUCUAAACCAACACCUAUACAAGAUCUACCAGUGCUGAGAAGGAAGCGGUCUGCCAAUGGGGACACUUAUGGUGACUGUCCCAGACCUGAUAGAUCCACCCUGUUACAAAGGUCAUCCUUUAGAAACCGACCCAGGCCGCAAAGCCUCAUCCUCUUCAGUCCUCCCUUUCCCAUUAUGGACUACCCUCCACUAGGGGAUGAUGGCAAACUCAUGCUCUCACCUAUCAAAAGCCCAACUGAGACAUCAGCACUUGACGUCUUCUCCAAGGAACUGGCAGAGAACCUUAAAACUCCUGAGGGGGUAACCUUGCGCAACAAAAUGACUUUGCCCAAAAGCGGACAGAGACUUGAAACUUCAACCAGUUGUUUCUAUCAGCCUCAGAGAAGGUCCAUGAUAUUUGAUAGCCGGAGUAACAGGCAGAUUGAGUGACCGACUCUGCAUGUUAAUUCAAGACGGUAUCUCGAGUAAUCCUCUGGAAUUGAGAAUACAGUGUCUUUCUUUUAUCAACACUCUCUAUGCUACAGAAAGAACUCUUAAAGUGAAAACAAAUUCUUUUUUGAAGAAUUGUGUAAUUUAAGUAUUAAGCUUUAUUGCAAAACAAGGCUGCAGGCUUUCUUUCAAAGUCAAGCUAUAACUUCCUCUUUGUGCCAAAACUAAAUGAAGUUCAUUGCAGGCAAGACCUAUCAAUGUUCUACAU